AUGCCAAAGGCCAUUCCAGACAUCCAGCCUUGCUUGUUAGAGUCAGGUGAUGUGGAUAUACGUAUUUUGGAGUUCAUCAGUCUAGCUGUGGGACUGGUUAGCAUCAGAGGGGUGGACAGUGGCCUCUACCUUGCCAUGAACAGCAAGGGAGAACUCUACGGAUCGGGCAAGCUGUCAGCAGAAUCCGUUUUUAGGGAGCAAUUUGAAGAAAACUGGUACAACACCUACUCAUCCAACAUCUACCGGCAUGGAGAAAGAGGUGCUUAUUACUUUGUUGCUCUGAACAAAGAUGGGACAUCCCGUGAUGGAACAAGGUCGAGGCGACAUCAGAGGUUCACUCACUUCCUACCAAGGCCUGUAGACCCAGAUAGAGUACCAGAGCUCUACAGGGACAUACUGGGCCAAAGCUGAGACUUAAGGGAUGUUACCAGGACCAUGUCUGACCAAAAAAGCAACCCAAAUGCACCUAAUCCUAACUCCUUCUUGAGGGAUGGAAGCUCUUGUUGAUCUGGACAAAACAGGAUCAUAAAAAGUGCGCCAAAUCAACACUGUCCACCGAUAGCAUGGAGGAUGGAAAGAGACUCUCUCCGAACCUCACAGCUGGGGAGUUUGACGGAACACCAGGGAUCUUCUGUGGACAAUGUUAAGGCCCCAUUACAGAUACAGACUCCUGGGCCCCUAAUAUUGCUCCUGUAUUGGCCUAAGCAGUGGCCUGGGUUGCCAAACUGAUUAAUGGAUUUUGUUUGAAUUUCCACUACUUAAAUCCAACUACAUGCUGGUCCAAACUGCAUGUUAAUGUGACCACAAGUGUGGGAUCUACUAAGUGAGAUUAACAACUGGCUGCUAGUAGCUUUAUUGCUGUGACUGGUUAGUCUUUUCAAUUCUACUUUUUUCAGUUAGUAUAUUCGAAACAGUUCUGUGGCUGCUAAAUAACUGAUUUAUUAAAAUGCUUAACCCACUAUACAGUGUGGCUGGUUUACACAAAAAAAGUAGUUUCAUGCACUGGAAAUCAGCCUUGUCUGUUGUGGGAAACAGGUCUGAGAGCUGGGGAAUUACCUUUAUCAGACUGAGUGUUGAGAUGCCAUGGGUGGAUUCCCUUUGAAAUUGCUCCAAAGAGAGAUGCUGCUCAGAAAAAUAUGAAUUUUCUACAAAGUGCAUGAGGAACAAGAGAAGAUGUACGGAUGCAAUGGAGUUUUACAAGGACUUCUUCUGUGGUUUCCUGUGGUGGUAUACUGCGUGUUCUGUUGGAAUUCUAGAGACUCAUUCUUGAACCCAGUGAAGAAACUCUUUUGUUCUUCCACUGAUGGCAGCCACAAGGAGCACGGGUACCGACAAAGACACCUUUACAAACCUGUUGACAGAUUGUAUUCUUAUUUAUGAGUUUUUGUUUCCUAGGACAUAUAGUAUAUUUAUUUCAUAUAUUUAUUUAUUUUGAGAA